AUGUAUCGCUCCACCAAGGGCGCCUCCAAGGCGCGCCGCGACCAGAUCAACGCUGAGAUCCGGAACCUCAAGGAGCUGCUGCCGCUGGCUGAAGCGGACAAGGUCCGGCUGUCCUACCUGCACAUUAUGAGUCUUGCCUGCAUCUACACUCGCAAGGGCGUCUUCUUCGCUGGAGGCACUCCUCUGGCGGGCCCCACAGGGCUUCUCUCAGCUCAAGAGCUUGAAGACAUAGUGGCAGCACUACCUGGGUUCCUGCUUGUGUUCACGGCGGAGGGGAAGCUGCUAUAUCUCUCUGAGAGUGUGAGCGAGCAUCUGGGCCACUCCAUGGUGGACCUGGUUGCCCAGGGUGACAGUAUCUACGACAUCAUUGACCCAGCUGACCACCUAACUGUGCGCCAGCAACUCACCCUGCCCUCUGCUCUGGAUAAUGAUCGCCUCUUCCGCUGUCGCUUCAACACCUCCAAGUCCCUCAGGCGCCAGAGUGCAGGCAACAAACUAGUGCUUAUUCGAGGCCGAUUCCACGCUCACCCACCUGGGGCCUACUGGGCAGGAAAUCCUGUGUUCACAGCUUUCUGUGCUCCACUGGAGACAAGACCCCGUCCUGGCCCUGGCCCUGGUCCUGGCCCUGGCCCUGCCUCACUUUUCUUGGCCAUGUUCCAGAGCCAUCACGCUAAGGACCUGGCCCUUCUGGACAUCUCAGAGAGUGUCCUAAUCUACCUGGGCUUUGAGCGCAGUGAACUGCUCUGUAAAUCAUGGUAUGGACUGCUGCACCCUGAGGACCUGGGCCACGCUUCUGCUCAACACUACCGCCUGUUGGCUGAGAGUGGAGAUAUUCAAGCAGAGAUGGUGGUGAGACUGCUGGCCAAGCCUGGAGGCUGGGCAUGGAUUUAUUGCCUUUUAUAUUCAGAAGGUCCGGAGGGUCCCAUUACUGCCAAUAACUACCCAAUCAGUGAUACAGAAGCCUGGAGCCUCCGCCAGCAGUUAAACUCUGAAGAAACCCAGGCAGCCUAUGUCCUGGGCACCCCGACCAUGCUGCCCUCAUUCCCGGAGAACAUCCUCUCCCAGGAACAAUGCUCUGGCCCUAAUCCACUCUUCACCAUGGGGCCUCCCCGAAGCACCAAUUUCCCCAGUGCUCCUGAGCUGGGUGCUGUCUCAACACCAGAAGAGCUUCCCCGACCCCCCAAAGAGCUUGGCUUCAGUUACCUGACAUUCCCAUCUGGCCCUGAGCCUUCUCUUCAAGCAGACCUGAGCAAGGAUCUUGUGUGCACCCCACCCUACACGCCCCACCAGCCGGGAGGCUGUGCCUUCCUCUUCAGCCUCCAUGAGCCCUUCCAGACCCACUUGCCCACUCCAUCCAGCUCUCUCCAAGAACAGCUGACUCCAAGCACUGUGACCUUCUCUGAUCAAUUGACGCCCAGCAGUGCAACUUUCCCAGAUCCGCUGACUAGCCCACUACAAGGCCAACUGACUGAAACCUCAGCCAGAAGCUAUGAAGAUCCUUGCACCUCCACUUUCCCAGAUCAGCUGCUUUCCAGCACUGCCACCUUCCCAGAGCCUCUGAACAGCCCUGCCCGUGAGCAGGUGACUUCUCCAAGCACAGCAUUCCAAGCACACCUGAACAGCCCCAGCCAAACUUUCCCAGAGCAACUGAGCCCCAAUCCCACCAAGACUUACUUCGCCCAGGAGGGAUGCAGUUUUCUCUAUGAGAAGUUGCCCCCAAGUCCUAGCAGCCCUGGUAAUGGGGACUGCACACUCCUGGCCCUAGCCCAGCUCCGGGGCCCCCUCUCUGUGGAUGUCCCCCUGGUGCCCGAAGGCCUGCUUACACCUGAGGCCUCUCCAGUCAAGCAGAGUUUCUUCCACUAUUCUGAGAAGGAGCAGAAUGAGAUAGACCGUCUCAUCCAGCAAAUCAGCCAGUUGGCUCAGGGCAUGGACAGGCCCUUCUCAGCUGAGGCUGGCACGGGUGGGCUAGAGCCACUUGGGGGGCUGGAGCCCCUGGACGCUAACCUUUCCCUGGCAGGAGCUGGCCCCCCUGUGCUCAGCCUGGACCUGAAACCCUGGAAAUGCCAGGAUCUGGAUUUCCUGGCUGACCCUGAUAUAUUCCUGGAAGAGACGCCCGUGGAAGACAUCUUCAUGGAUCUCUCUACCCCAGACCCCAAUGGGGAAUGGAGUUCAGAGAAUCCUGAGGCAGCAGUCCCAGGAGGGGCCCCAUCACCUUGCAACAACCUGUCCCCAGAAGAUAGCAGCUUCCUGGAGGACCUGGCCACAUACGAAACCGCCUUUGAGACAGGUGUCUCAGCAUUCCCCUACGAUGGGUUUACUGAUGAGUUGCAUCAACUCCAGAGCCAAGUUCAAGACAGCUUCCAUGAAGAUGGAAGUGGAGGGGAACCAACGUUUUGAAUAAGUCUGUGACUUAACGUCGUCAAGUAUGGCAUAUUGUCAUC